AUGUGUCAGCGUCUCGGCAUCGCCACCCACCUCCUCAUCACGGGCACGUAUGUUCACUAUCCUGCGCAGGCCGCUUAUGGGCUUGCACUCGCGACCCGCGGGGAACACGCUGACGAUAUCGGCCAAGUCGAUGAAGGCAUACGACAGCUGCAGUUUGCUCGUAGGGCUUUCUGUGGCGGUGCACACCUCGAAGCCCAGAUUGAGCGCGACUUGGCCACUGCGCUCUUCUACCGAUUCCAGUUGUCACAUCGCUCGGAGGAUCUGGACGACGCUAUCCACUACGCGUCAUCCGCGCUCUCAAGGGCACCGGCGGAUGACCAGCGUCGCGCUGCUCUUGGCCUCGAGCUAGGCCAGAACCUCGCCUUGCGUGCCUCCAAUGGUGAUACCUCUCGAGAUGCGGAUGCAGCCGUACAGACUCUCCGCACAGUCGCUGAAAGCCGCGGUCGUGCCUCCAUCCGUCUCACCGCUGCCAUGGAGUGGGCGCAGGUCGCGUCCGCCCGUGGCCCGGAAGCCGCCCUAGAAGCGCUCGAUGUCGCGCCGGCUUGUGUAUACAACGUAUGA